UUUCUUUAAACUAGGUUCUGUUCACCGCUGGGCUCAGCUGCUUUUUAUCCCUGUCAACGGCGAAUACCGCAAGACCCGGGCUGUAUCUAGCCAGUCAGCUCCGCUUUCUACAAUGGAGUUCCUUUUUAACGGUACAAUGCAUUUCACCUACCAGAUAGGGGGAGUUCAAGCUGAGGGGAAUAUGCUGAUGCCUGGGGAUCGGCAUCAAUGCAAACGUUUACUUUUAGCAGACAGCGACUGAGAGGGUCAGAAAAGCAAGAAGAGAGACAAGUAAUAAAGCAGCGUUUUUCAUUUCAAACUCGGGGUGCGCGGCAGGGAGCAGUUGUAGGGACAGGAUCGAGGAGUGGACAGUAUUUAACAGGUCCGAAGCCACUUUUCAACACCCACGUCAUCCGAAAAGAAUAUGAUCUGGUGAAAUCAUAUGGACAUGCCUCAUUAUUCAAUGAACACUAUCUCUCACAACGCACCGUUUACGCGCAGGAGUUAGCCGGCGCUUCGCCAAAUUUAAAAGGCUCUGGUCGUCCCACCUUCUGUGGAGCUGUCGGCGCUCUUCCUGACAUCCGGCAUUCGUUGGAGAAGCGGCAGUCACACAGGGCUCCCUGAUCAGUGCCGACCAGAAGCGGAGCUGAAGCAGACACUGGCUUAACUGGGCUAAGCACACUGUCACGCUGUCGAAGAAACUACCCACCCACUGUCUGAGGUGGCCAUUCCAGUAAGCAGUAGUCAGUCAGGAGUGACAGUGAGAGGCCAGUUGAUCCUGACAGACAGGUUGGACUCCAGUAUGCAGCUGGUGUGUUAAGGAUGGAGGACUCUAGUUUGUGUCUUGGUGUGUCGUCAGCGGUGCCUGAUGCUGAUGCCCAUCUGAGCAGUGCAGUCUUGAAUGGCCGCUACCCCAUAAGUCAAAAGCUUCACCAGCUUACUGCCCAGCUAGGACACGCCUUUCCUGACCUACACCGCCCACAACAGAUCCCUGAAGAGAAAGCAGCCACGCCUUUGGACGAGAAAACCCAUCACGCAGCCCUGGCUAGUCAACCUAUUAGCAGUCAGAUGGCCCUACUAGCCAAUCAGCUCAACCGAGACAUUGAUGCAGGGGCACUAAGUGGGCUGAACGGGCGAGUUGACCUGCAGCAGUUUCUCAAUGGCCAGAAUUUGGGCAUCAUGUCCCAGAUGAAUGAUAUUGAAGAUGACGCCCGUAAGAAUAGGAAGUAUCCCUGUCCAUUGUGUGGCAAGCGCUUCCGUUUUAACAGCAUCUUGUCGCUGCACAUGCGCACACACACAGGAGAGAAGCCCUUCAAGUGUCCCUACUGUGACCACCGAGCGGCUCAAAAGGGCAACUUGAAGAUCCACCUCCGCACCCAUAAACUGGGGAAUCUUGGUAAGGGCCGCGGCCGUGUCAGAGAGGAGAAUAGGCUGUUGCACGAGUUGGAGGAGAGGGCCAUUCUGAGGGACAAGCAGAUGAGAGGGAGUGGUAGUCUCCUCCAGACACCUCAAACACCCCACCUGGGCCUCAACAGCAGCUCUAAUACCCAUCAGCAGCAACUAGGAUCAGCCUGUGGCCUCCUUCCCCCCUCUGGCCUUGCCACUUCAGACACAAUUUCCCAGCCCUCUUCUUCACCCAAGCCAGCAAGCACCCAGGAUGAACAGUCCCUGAACCCAACUACAGGCUUCCGUUGUACCUUCUGCAAGGGGAAGUUCAAGAAGCGUGAGGAGCUGGACCGCCACAUUCGCAUACUCCACAAGCCCUACAAAUGUACCCUGUGUGAGUUUGCUGCCUCCCAUGAAGAGGAGCUGAUAAGUCAUGUGGAAAAGGCCCACAUCACAGCAGAAACCACACAAGGCCAGGGUGCUGGUGGUGCUGGCGGAAUGCAGAUGGCCACCGAAUUCCGUUGUGACGUGUGUGGACAGGUGUUCAGCCAAGCUUGGUUCCUCAAAGGCCACAUGCGCAAGCACAAGGACUCCUUUGAACACUGCUGCCAAAUUUGUGGCCGUCGUUUCAAGGAACCUUGGUUUCUCAAGAACCAUAUGAAGGUACACCUCAACAAGUUGGCCAUCAAGAGCAAGCCACCCCAGCCCAGUGAGCAGGACAUGGCUGCUGUCAAUAGCAUGAGCAAUCUGGCUCAGGAAGCUCACGCCAACCUUUAUUCCCGCUACAUCUCCUGUCUUCAGGGAGGCUUCCUUUCACCAGACAAACAGGGCCUGAGUGAGCAGCACCAGAUGUUGGCUAAAGCAGGGAUAGCCAUGAAGGAAAAAGAGAUGUUAGGAAAGCUGCUGGGGCCAAUGGCAGGAGGUAUGGGCCAUGGGCUAGGUGAAAACGAGAAGCGCUCACUCCUGGGUUGUCUAAACCUUGUGCCACCACUCAAGUCAAGCUGUAUGGAGCGCCUGCAGGCAGCUGCAAAAGUGGCAGAGAUGGAUUCCCUCAGUAGCUACCAAGCCUGGCAGAUAAUGGCUCGUGGCAUGGCUAUGGAAAGGGCUUUCAUGCCUAAGGAGCAGCAGCAGCACCAGCAUCAUAUACCCCCAGGACAGGAAGAUGAGAUGGGUGGUGCUGGGGCUUUGGCUUCUUUCUCAAAGGAUAAACAAGACUACUCCUUGAUUUCUUCCAAUGAUAGCUCCAAGCAGAAGCAGCUCUCGGAGGCCUUGCAGGGGUCCAAGGCCUCUAGCGGAGCCAUGAUGUCCAUGAAGGAGGAUGGAAGAGGUUUUGACAGUCACCGUGACUUGAUGUCUCACCAUGGUAAUGCUGAGGCCUCUGGAGCCCUGGCUGGCCUGGGAAGCCCAAACAUUGACUACAGCCUCUCUAGCCUCUCUGGCCUAAAGGAGAAACCUUCAGAGUGCCCUGACUGUGGCCGGAUCUUCAGAACCUACCAUCAGAUGGUAGUCCACUCCCGCAUCCAUGGCAAAGACAGGAGAGGCAUCGAGGAAGCGCUCCAGCAACAAGGUCUGGACGAACGCCGUGGAUCAGCCAGUGACCCAGAGUCCCAGUCCAUCAGCCGCUCGACCACUCCUGGUUCAUCCAAUGUGACAGAAGAGAGUGGAGCUGGAGGAGGACACUCCCAGACAGGAAGCGUCCAGGAUGAUAGCCCACAUCCCUCCUCACCAUCUUCAGAUGUUGGGGAAGACUUGGGGAAGGCAGCGGGGAAUAUUCAGCCGCCUCUGUCCCAGCAUCGUGAGCGCAGUCUGGGCUCAUCCUCCAAGGAUUGCCCCUAUUGUGGCAAGUCCUUCCGCACCUCCCAUCAUCUCAAAGUUCAUCUGCGGAUACACACAGGAGAGAAACCCUACCGGUGCCCUCAUUGUGACUAUGCCGGCACACAGUCUGCCAGUUUGAAGUACCACCUGGAGCGCCACCACCGUGAGCGUCAAAAUGGCUCUACCACCUCAGCCCCAUCCUCUGGCCACACCCCUUCUUCUGACCACAAAGAGGAUCAUGGGAAGACAGCCGGCGGUGGCGUCUUUGCCCGACCAGAUGUCCUCCGGAAUGUUUUCAAGGGAAUGCCUCCCAACCUAGACUUCAGGGCAGGUCCAUUGCUGCCACAUCAGUGGGCGUCGGCUGGCAUGAUGUCCGCGCAUGACAGAGAUCGUGAGCGCGCAGACCGUCGUUUUGACUCUGCCUCCUCAGCUGAGAACAUGAAGACUGCUGAUGGCGCAUCCUCCCUUGUCUCAACAGCGACAGAUAGUCCUGCCAGCUUCUCUGACCUAAGCAGGGCUUACCAAAGCAUGAUGGGAAAUGGAGUCCACUUUCAAGGUUCUCUUCAGGCUUUCAUGGACAGCUUUGUCCUCAGCUCCAUGAAGAAGGAUAUGAAGGACAACCAGAGUUCAAGCCAGCUCCAGGCCCAGCUCUACCAUGAUAACGGUGAGCCCAAAGCCAAGCGGGCCAUCUCAGUUGACCAGGAGAGAGAGGAUAAGGCUGAGGCCAAACAGAACUCAGAGCCUGGCAAACCUGGGUCACAGUAUGAACCACUUGAUCUAUCUGUGUCAGUCCGGCCUGAGUCUGCAUCUGGAUCUCUUCCUGGCUCCUCAGUCACCAUCCAUGAUAAUGUGGCGUGGCAUGGCUGUCUCUUCUGCUCCUUCUCCACCUCCUCAUUCGAGCUCAUGGCUCUGCACCUCCAGGCCAACCACCUGGGCAAGGCCCAGCUGCAGCGGUCUGAUGCAAGCAAGGAGCUUCAUGGAGAGACUUCUCCCACCACUUCCACCAUUCACUCCUCCAACACCAAGACCUCUGGUGGGCCCCUUGACAAAGAUGGAGACAGAGAUGGAGAAAAAAGCCAGGGAGGCUGGAACAACCACAUGGACCAGCCCUACAACCCUUUCCAGAGUGACUUCUACAGACGAUUUGGUGGCUUGUAUGAUGGAUCACCAAGGGCCCAUCAUGGCCUUCAAGGGUAUAUAGCCCCAGCAGAGCAAGGUCUGGACCUACCUAGCCAGGCUUUUGGAGGAGCAUCUUCAGCCAGGGAUGACCAGAUUGGUGAAAGGGGCUCCCGUGGAGAUGCUGAAGAGGACCAGGUAGGAUCAGAUGAAGAGGUUGUAAAGGCUGGGGCGCACAGCGCCAGUGAGACCCCCUCAACCACCCCCAAAAGACAGCAGCAGCAGAAUCACUCCGAUGAAGAGGAAGAGGAGGGAGGAGUGGCUGAAGAGGAGGAGGAAAGAGAUGAGGAUGGGCAAAUGGACAUGGAAAGAGAGGAAGAGGGAAGUCCAGCUUCAGACCACCUCCAAAACCACUCCAAAAAUCUUCAAGACAACUCCCCUUUGCCCCCAAGGAGUGGAGCUGGUUUGGCAUCUUCCUCUACCAUGACACCACUUUCGCUGGUUUCCCAACCCCAGAACCAAGCUUUGCCACUGGAGAAGCAGUGGCAGCAGGGCCUGGGCCUCCUGUCUCCCGGAGGUCCUCCAGGACUGUUGAAGGCUGAGCAGCAGACCCACCUAGAGCAGCAGAUGAACAUGCUGUCUGUCCUUAGAGCCUACAGCAAUGACAACAUCCCUGCAUUCAACGGCCUGGGAGGUGGAGCAGGAGGAGCACCCACAGGAGGCAUGAAGAGGCCAGAUGCACCCGGCCAGAGACCAUUCAAGUGCAGUUACUGCCCCUACAGUGCCUCCCAAAAGGGCAACCUGAAGACCCACGUGCUGUGCGUGCACCGCAUGCCCUUCGACAACACCCAGUACCCUGACCGACGCUUCAAACGCUCCCGUCCCGAGUCCGACAGCCCAGAUAAGAGCCCCACCUAUGCCGUCGGUGGCUUUGCAUCUAAUCAACCAGUGACAGAAGUAGAUGUAAGCCAUGGGAGUAACUUUGUGCCAUUUGCCAGGGAGGCCUCACCUUGUCACCAGGAGUGAAACCAUGACAUCCAAGAGGGAGGUUUGGGUCUGUGUUGGACUAUGCAUUAUCUGAAAUGCCAUAGAUUUGUGUCAUAGACAAACACUGAUGCACAUGAAUGUUGGUCACCGUAAAACUAAUUUCCAACCAAACUGUGCUGAAAUCCUCGACCAAACAAAGACAAUACAGUGAGAUCAACAAAAGCACUGGUGAACAGCAUUGAGAUGAACCACACUUCCUACAUUAUUAACACAAACUAUACAUACUCUAUGUGGGUUAUUAGACGUCUGUGAACAUUUACUAAGAAAGCAUUAUAAUCUAUGUAUUUGUGAUUAUGUGAUUCAGCUUUUUUUUUUUUUUACUGAGCACAGUGAAUCAUGUGCAGGAGUAGAAAGAAAAGACACAGUUGAUGAAAUCAUAGUUUUUUCAGACAAAGAGGAAGAGGUAGGAAGGAGGUGAUAAAACAAGAGGGAAGCCAGAUGAAAUAAUCUAAAAUCAUUACAGAGAUUUUUCUCCAAAAAUAAAGCUUUUAUCAGAAAAAUGAUCCAGAGGAGUUACUGUAUAGAUGGAGGAGGCAGAGGGGGAAGAGGAGGCAUCCUAAAUGCACACCACCACCACUGCUACCCUAGAACAUAACACCAGUGGCUGCCAUGUUCCCAGUACAAGUGAUGAGCACUGUAUGUGUGUGAAUGUGUUGCAGGCUCAGUGGCGGCAAUGGUGACGUGUGUGUGUGUGUGUGUGUGUGUGUGUGUGUGUGUUGAUGACAGAGGGGAAAAGGGGGGCAUCGGUGCCAGCCUGACUGGGGCUGUCAUCGCAGAGGAAAUCAAUUCAACAACACACACACACACACACUCAGACUCUUACAGUGGUAACCCAACUCUGGCCGGUACGCCAGGGGGGUCAACUUUGAGUCCCAACAGCUGGCCGGAGCCCCUCAAAUCACCUCCUUCUCUUCUCCAUCCUUCCAUUCACUCUCAUUCCCAGUCUGGUAGAACGGCGUGGAAAAUACAACCCAAAUCAAUCAGUGGCGUAUUUCAAGAAUUCAUAGCCAUCGUUAAGGCUUGUUCUGCUCUGGUUUUGAGAACUCAACAUCUGGACAUCACCUCACAGCCUCCACAAAAGAGAGGGACAGGAAGUUUUAGCUGAAGUCACUUGACUUGGGUUACUUUAUGAUGACAGAUGAGAGUUUUGUAUUUUGACAUGGACAUGGACCAUGUUGUGGGGGACUUUAGAAGGAAACAUCAGAUAUAGCCAACUGUGUUCUGUACAUAUAGAAAGGUGUGUGGCAUCCAUCCUAAACAUCCUCCUCACAUGAAGAGACAUUCUGGCUUUGAGUCAGAAAAAAAACAGGAUUAAUCACCUGCCCUGAUAAGCUCUUGUAAAGUUGCCACACAGGGAUGGACAUCAUGAAAAAUUAGAUAAUCAUUGACAUUAUCCUUCUUUAUGUCUGUAAUUAUACUACCUAUUCUAUAAUCCAAAAAAAGAGAAAAAAAAGUAUAAAAGAGUUGUUUGUUUAAUUUCAAAGGAGGUAUUCUUUUUCUGUGUAUAGCAGUGUUAUUUUUUAUUCAUAUGGGUUUUAUUCCAGAGGGGGAAAAGUCACAUUAAAACAUUAAAAACCAGAAUGUUAUCUUCUUGUAAAACGAAAGCUAGAUUGUUUUAAAGGCAGAAAAACAUUAACUUUGACUGUACUUUGUUGCAGCUGUUGGUUACUACUGGGCAAGGAGAAUAAGAAAGUAUAGGGCUUUGUGUUGUGUUGUGUUGGUGUUGGUGGUAGGGGGUUGGGAGCUGGGGGUUGUUAAUGUUUUUUCUGAUAAAGAGAAAUGAUCCGGACUUUAAGAAAGUCAAUAUCUUACCGCACAAACAGUGGUGGGGAGGGCUAAACUCUUAAAACCCCAGGGCCAUAGUGCCACAGCUCUGCCUAAAGGAGUUUACAAUCCAACACAAUGCACAUUCACACGUACAGUCGUUCAUACACACACCCACAUACCCCCACCACCAGCAACAACAACAGGGUAUGAAAUCCUCCUGUAUGCAUGGAGGGGAAAGCAAAGAAAAAGCAGGAGAGUGGAAGUGUAGAGAUAAAAAGACACAGAAAGAACGAAAGAAAGAUAAAAGAGUAUGUGCAAAAGUCUAAGUUCAACAUUCACCUGGACUGCUGUAAGUAUGGUUUUAUUACCAUUUAAACUUUUUGGCCAGACAAAAAAAACUACAGUAUUUGCGAUAUUUUUUUAACCUAAUCUUUUCCAUUCUAUUAUUAUUAUUAUUAUUUCACUUUUGUUUUGUUUUGUUGCCAACAGAACAGUCGUUCUCACUGCCUUAUACAGUAACUAAGUGUGAAGGGGUCUUUUCCCACUCAACUCCACCAUAUGAGAUCCUGAUAACUUAAUGUAGUAUAAGCUAUAGAUUUCAGUGCACUACUGUGUUUUUGGUGGCUGUAGCUUGCUUUUCUGGAUGUGUGUAUAUAUGUGUGUGUGUGUUGAACAUUUACAUAUAAUAGCAAAAACUCAAUAGUUAACAAAAGUUUUCCAAAAAAAAGUAGACAUUCCAUUUUGUUUGGCACCAGGUUUUUUUUCAGCUUACUAUAGCAUGCAAAUCAGUACAUUUUCAUCAUCUUGUUCAGAUGAGGCAAUAAUUUUUUGAGAAGACCAUUUGUCGUCAUUCCUCUGUGACUUGUACUCUUUGUCCUGAGGAUGAUAUGCUAUUCCCCCCCUGCCGUAAUCCCAAAAUAAUCCAUUCUAUUGUCCUCAUGCUGUUUGAUCCUCGUCAAGCUUCCUAUUGAAGUAGCACAUUCAGUUUGCUCAAUAUAAUCACUGGUGCUAGAAAAAAAAAAGGAAAAAGUAACCAUGCCCAUUUAUUUCAGCCUAGAAUGGAUUCUGUAGUAUGCAAUCCUUGUCCAAAUACUGUCCACAUUCCUAAAUGAAGAAGAUUUCUAUAGCCUAUGGAAGGAAAAGGGAGGAGAGGUAUUUUGUUGCAAACUACAAGCUUGUAUUAACAAUAGGUAACUUUGUAUUUACAAGAAAAAAUCCUUGGUCAUUAUUUAUUACCACAUAUCUGUUUGACAGAAGACACAAUCUUAUCAAACAUUUGACUGUUUACUCUUUCUGCGUUCUAUACAUUCUGAUGUACUUUGAAGCUGUAAGAUUUAUCCGCUGUUUUUUCCUGCAAUAAAACCUCUACCUCUGGGAAA